CAAAAAAAGGUGGUAUACUGGGUUAACCAUGUACCCGGAUCCCUUCGCACGCGCUUUCAGUUUAUUUGUUGACGUUAGGUUAGAUCGCUAAUUCGAAAACGGCCACCGUUUCUGUUGUUUCAGAACACAUUCAGUCCCCGGUUUGUUUUUACUUAAUCUUUGUGUAAACGACCUAUGUUGUGUGUCAUAAUAAGAUGUUCACUUUUUAUCGGGAAUUCAGUGCGCGGAUCCCUUUCAUCGAUGUUUCCAUUCUAAAUAUUGUGAUAAUGUUUCGUUUUUCCGGACUCGACUAAAGCCUAUCAGCACCCGUUAAUAGGUUUCGGCAGAUAGGAUGCGGGGAGAUUAUCGUGUUUUUGGUACCAAAAACGAGAACGAGAAAGAGAGUGAAAAAAAUGAUAAAAAAUCACCUCCCCUUUUUUUGUCGCGUCUUCGUCGCUGUGUUUUUUUCGCUCGGUGGUGUAAACUGUUGAAUUUGUAUACAUAUACAGUGCGGACUGACUGCACUUUUCCUCCUCUACACCUAGGUAUUGGAAUACUACUUUUUCGCACCCUCGAAUAAUGCACACGCUUUUCGGCGAACAAGCCAGUUACUAUCGUCACAGCGGAAAUUCCUACUCAGGAAGUAUGUCUACUGCCGGGUACAACCCUUACGAACAAUACUCUCGAUAUAGUUACCACGGAUGCGCCUAUCCCCAGCAACAACUGCAUGUCAAUGGUGGCAAAGACAUGGUCAAGCCACCAUACUCGUACAUAGCGCUUAUAGCAAUGGCCAUACAGAAUGCACCCGAAAAGAAAGUAACCCUCAAUGGUAUCUACCAAUUCAUCAUGGAACGAUUCCCUUACUACAGAGAAAACAAACAAGGCUGGCAGAACUCCAUUCGUCAUAACCUCAGUUUAAACGAAUGUUUUGUCAAAAUCCCUCGUGAUGAUAAGAAACCAGGCAAAGGUAGCUACUGGACGCUGGAUCCAGACUCGUACAAUAUGUUUGAUAAUGGCUCUUACCUCAGACGUAGGAGAAGAUUUAAGAAAAAAGAUGUCGUCCGAGAGAAAGAAGACGCUCUCAAAAGACAACAACAACAGCAACACCAACAACACCAAGUACAGCUAAAGAAAAUCGAAGAUAAGAUACUCAGUGAACAAAAACUCGCAACUAAACCUAAGAAGGAACCUAAUACGAGUAGCUGUGCGAAUUCCAGGUACCAUCAUCAUCACCAUCAUCAAGAUGUCAAACCUACCUUAGAUAGCAUAACUGAUGUUGGUUUUACUAUGGACAAUUUAGUGAUCUCUAGUCAAAAUUAUGUUCCUCGUGCUGGACACGCUGGUACGUAUCCAUAUCAUUGUUCACAAUACAGCACGGAGGACCUGAUACCUAUAUCAUCCUCAAAUCAGCAUCAAUUCCUCGGUGGAUCACCUGUCAGUACUCAUAGACAUCCUGUGUGGUAUACCAAUGACUCUCCUAUAUCGAAUACUGAUUUGUAUGAUUCUACUCUGACUAAUCCAAAUUGUCAGCUUGGAUUUAGAAAUGUGCCAACAUAUUACCAAGAACAUCAAGAUGGGUUGGUCAAGUACUGAUGAAUUUUCCCCAUUUUUUUAAGAACAGCAUUCGCUUUUUUUAUGGAUAAUUUUUUAUUUUUCCUCCCUUUUUUAUACCAUACUGUUUAGUGCAUGGUGAUCACAAAAUUCCAGAUGUGUUAGUUCAGAAAUCCAAAAAAAAAUUAAAAAUACAUAUCAAAAACUCUAAAAAUGACAUACUUGCCUACCUACCAUUAGCGAAUUUUUCUGUUGAGAUAACAUCAGAUUAGAGUAAGUAGGCUAUAAUCAUCUUUAAGUCAUUUUAGAGCCUCCAGGGAUUUUUUUAGCUUAUUUUUUUACCAUCAAUAAAAUUCUUAAGUAAUUGUUAGUAAGUAGAUACGUAAGAGCCUACUCUAGUAGAAUUUUUGAAUCGUGUAAAAAAUUACGUACCUAGACCUACCUACAUAGGUACAUUUUUUUAUUCGUCUAAAAAAAUAAAAAAUAAAAGAGGGAAAGAAAAUCUAAAAAAACAAACGUGAAGAUUCUAUAGAAUAUUAUCUACCAACAUUGUACCUAUUCAUUUUUGUAAAUUAUCGCAUGUAAAAAUAUCGUAUUUUUUCUAAAUUGUUGGCAGCUAUUUCAUGUUUUUUUUUUUUUUUUUUUCUUAAAAUAAGUAGGUAGGUAUCUACUUACACCUGAUCUGAAUCAAUUUUCAAAUUUGAAAAAAAAACAAAAACAUGUUAAUUGCCAUAACAAGACGAAAUGUGUUUAUUUGUGUAAUUUUUCUUUGGUGAAUAUUUUCCUAAUUGGAAAAUUUUUUCACUGCUGUCUAGUCUUUCUUAUAAUUUUCGUGAAAUCGGAUUGAAUUUUGUACGACUGUUUUCGAAUUAUUUACCUUACUAGAUAUUUUUAAGUUUUUUUUUGAGGAUGGGAAGUUAAAUUUUGGUUCCGAAUCAUUCCUUGUUUCAUUAACGUAUUAAUAAAUAACCUAUACUCUUUGAAUUUCAAAACUCUGUUUAAUUCGUAGGCCUAAGUCCAAAUAUUCAAAGGUCCAGUUCCAAAAAUUAUUCGAUUUUUUUACACCAAACGAUUUUAUUUCUCAUAGUCAUAGAUUGGCAUAAAUUAGUUAAAUGUCACAUUAAAAGUAAAAAUAAAGUUCUACCUUCUGAUGCAAAUUUUGUUGGGAAAAUUAAAAAUUCAUUCUAAGUACCUACUUUGAUUGUGUUAUAAUUUACCUACUACGUACAUAUUUUUAAAAAUUGAUGCUGAAUAUGACAUCUCGCUACACCGUACAUACGACUUUUUCAUUCCGAUUGUGUAUUUUUACGUAAUUAAGUUGUAUUAUAUUUUUUCAAAUAUGUAUUCCAUUUCGAUAUGCUCUACAUAAAUAAUUUGUUUAUAAUGUUAUUAUUUGUAUUACCAUAAUUAUUAUUAUUUUUUUUUUUACAUGCCUACCAUACUACAACGACUAAGUAGGUAGGUACCUUUAUGACGAUUUCUACUCAGAAAGCAAUAAACAAAUUAUACUAGUCUUUCGACGAAUGUGUUUUUGCAUUUAAAAAGGCACACUUUCAAACGGGGAGAAAUUUACGUUCACUAUCGCCGAAUAAAA